AUGGGAACAGGAAAGAAGAAGAUACAGAUCGAGAAAAUCACAAAAGAAACGUCUAGAAUGGUUACAUUCUCUAAAAGACGCAAAGGGCUUUUCAAAAAAGCUGGAGAACUUGAAUCCAUGACCGGAUCUCGAGUUGCGGCGGUGGUUUUUUCGCCCACCGGAAGGCCUUACACUUGCGGCAAUGUUACUUGUGCAAUUGAGAGGCACUUUUCAAGUUUUUCAGAACCAUUAUCGUCUGGGCUGAAUUCUCAUCAUUCUAAUUCUGAUGAUGUUUCUGGCAGUUCCUCGGGGCCGAGAUCAUCCCCGUCCCCGAGGAAUGGCCUCCGCGAUUGGUUGGAGGAUAUAGAUGUUGAAGAAUGUCAAAACUUGAAUCAACUCUUGUUGUUGAAGGAGCAGUUGGAAGGAACAAGAGAGAAGCUUGCUUCAGAAGAUUCUGAGUGUUUUCAGGCUCUGUUUAUGACAGGCCGACCCGUGCCAAAACCAUUAUCAAGCUCGAGUGGAAGUCGACACAAAAUAGUAUACCAGCCAGCACUGGCCUCGACCUCGAAGCAACUCGGGGGCUCGGACCAAGAUCGGGCUCGAACUGAAAUCGAGCUUAAACCAAAGCAGGCGUCUUCCAGCAAGAUCGAGCUCACAGACAAGAACCGUUGCAAUCCCACUAGAAAGAAUCUUGACAUAAAUCACGGAAAAGCUGGCUCAUCAUGGGUCUCCCACUGA